AUGUCAGGCCACGAAGGUGGCAAAAAGAAGCCCCUGAAACAGCCCAAGAACCAGGCUGAGGAGAUGGAUGAGGAAGACGAGGCUUUCAAGCAGAAACAGAAAAAGGAGCAGAAGAAACUUGAGGAGCUAAAAGCCAAGGCCGCGGGCAAGGGACACUUGGCCACAGGUGGAAUUAAGAAAUCUGGCAAAAAGUAA